AACAAUAAGGAAAAUACAAAGACACGUAGCAUCCUUACCUCACAUGCCAGCAUAGCAGGGAUUCUCGCGCGCUCUCUUCCAUUGCUUCCCCUUCACCACUCAACCAGCUCCUCCGAGCGACUCAAUAAUGGACCCUCCGAUUCGUGACUCGGAGUCCAACCCUAAACCCCUCUGUGAAAACAACGACGUCGUCUACAUCGACACCAACCUCGACACUCACUUGGCCGUCCUCGUCUCCGAUCACGAUACCGUCUCCGACCUCAAAGAGCGAAUUUUGUCAGGACACCAAUCAUGCUUUCCCAAACUUGGGCGGAUACAGAUUCAUGCAAUGAAGGUAAAGCGCAAAGGGUACUUUUAUCACCUAUCUGAUUCCAUGUUUGUAAAAAGUGCCUUCUAUGGUUUCAACAAGAGCUGGUUUCUUAGUGUGGAUGUUUCUCCAUUGAGCAAUUGUGGUCAAAAUGAUUGUUCUUCUGAUUCUCCUAACCAACUGGUACUUCUUGGCAAUUCAGAUAAUGCCUUGACUAGUUUGAUUAAUGAUAAGAAAGAAGAACAUGAUUUUGUGAAUGCAUCUGAAAAAGCUGUUAAGGAUGAUAACGUCGUUUGCGAAGAUGAAAUGUCAAAAUCUGUGUCUAGUGCAAAGGAAAAACAGAUGAGUACAUGGAAAGAAGAUGAAGAUAAAGAAAAGAAGUCAGAACUUGAAACAAAAUUACAACCUUUGGGUGUAAAGGAGCCAAAGGAACCCAAGCAGUUGAAUGAAGAUAAUUUGAAUAUUGUUCUUGACCAGUGCAAUGAAACUGAGGUUGGUUUGACUGAUAGAGCUGAAGGAAGAAGAGAAGUAUUACAAGAUGAUCCUAAGCCAAUGCAGUUGGAAGAAUGCACACCAUCUGAACAGAAUAAUAACACUGAAGCAAAUAUCAAGGAAUGAAAUGUGACUCCGAAAGCUGUUUAUAUGAAUGAGAUGGGUGAACCUGUAAAAUCUGAGAAAAAGAAGAGAAGGAAGAGAAAAGAUAAGGAUUUGGACGAAAGAACAACUACAAAAGAAGAGUGCACACCAUCUGAACAGAAUAAUACAGAUGCUAAUGUCAGUGAAUUAAAUGUGACUUCAAAAGUUGCUGUUUCAAAAGUUGUUGUGCUUGGACUCGGUGCAGUAGAAAAAUUAUGGAAGAAGAAAACAAAGACAAGAAAAAGAUAAGGAUUCAGAUGUAGGAACAACGAGGACUACAAUAUUUUGAGGUAAUUAUAAUCUCUUAUUGGACUCAGUGUCCUUGAUGAUUCUUGUGCCAAUUUCACUCACUUAGAAAUAGUAUUACAAUAAAAUUAUUUGUAUUAAUUAUUUAAUAAUUUUUUUAUGUAUAACAAUAACAUAGUGUUACCAAUUUCAUUUAAAUACACAUACAUAAUAGCCUUUUCACGUAUAAGUGAAAUCUACUAAUAUAAACUAAAAAAAAAGGGAUUAUUUAGGCUAUUGAAAGUAAGGAAUAGAACAGUAUUUUACCCUAUACUAUUAAUUUUUAUGCAUAAAAAAUUUUCAAAAUAAAAAUAACAACUAUUAGUAUCAAUGAGUAUGUCUCAACUAAUUUUUAUAUUUGAUCAUUUAACCCUCGCGUAGUGCGGGUCUUACCCUAGGUAAUUAGGGUGAAACACCUAUGGUUUGCAAUGAUGUAAAUAAUGUGAAAGCGUGGAAGUUCAUAAUUUCAAACUAACAAUUUUAAGCAGCAUGAUCUUGCCAGCUAUUUACAAAAAUGCCCCUUAUUAUUCUUUGUUUCAUGAUUAUUCAGCAUCAUUUGAUUAAUCAAUCAAAUGCCUUUAGAUUUCAGUAUUAUACUCAAAAGUGUAGCUCUAUGUUAAUAUGAUAUCCAUAAAUCCAUAAUCUUCUUUGUCAACUAUAAGUUCGGCUUAAAGUCGGUCAAACUUAAUACUAGAGUGUCAAGAUUCAAGAAUCCACACAAGGAAAAUAACAAGGUUGCUGCUUAUAGCCGGAGAAAUACAAUUCACUACCUUACCUUCCUUUAAAGUCAUUUUGUUCACCACUUUCCAGUCUUUUUCCACCAAGUGAAUCUGAAAAAAUUUUAUUCAACAAGAUAAUUAGUUCCAAAUUUCAGGAAAACACUAUUUCUAAGUGAGUGAAAUUGGCACAAGAAUCAUCAAGGACACUGAGUCCAAUAAGAGAUUAUAAUUACCUCAGAAUAUUGUAGUCCUCGUUG